GCGUGGUCAUUCCUUAAUUUUUGGAUCACAAAUUUUCUCAAAUCCACAUUUAAUAUCCAUACCCAUAUCCAUUUAGAUCGAACUUGGGUAACCCACAAAAAAAUUGAAUCGCACCUCCCCACUUUCACUGACUACACCCCCUCUUCUCUUUCUCUCUCCUCCUCCUGUUGCUCCGCCGUCUACUCAGCCUUCUCCGUCGACCGUCUUCAACAAUUUCGCUGGCCUCCAUUGCUCCCGCUGUCAAUAAUUCCGUCGAGAUCCUUCCGCUGGCGGAGAUAUUAGUACCAAGCCCUUCUGCCCAUGCGAUGGAAAUAACAAGUGAGACAGUGCUUAAGAAACCGAAACGGUUGACAUCGGUUGUCUGGAAUCACUUUGAAAGAAUAAAGAAGGCUGAUAUAUGUUAUGCUGUUUGUGUACAUUGUAAUAAGAGGCUAAGUGGAUCAAGUAAUAGUGGAACAACACAUUUGAGAAAUCAUUUGAUGCGAUGUUUGAAGAGAUCCAACUAUGAUGUAUCUCAGCUGCUUGCUAAGAGAAGGAAGAAGGAUAACACCGUUACUCUUACAAGCUACAACUUCGAUGAAGGGCAGCCAAAGAAUGAACAUGUUCCAGUUGCAGCUAUUAAGUUUGAGCCAGGGCCUAAAAGGGAAGAGGCUAUUUCUGUUGGGAGUACAAAAUUUGACCAAGAGCGAAGUAGGAUGGAUCUUGCUCGGAUGAUCAUAUUACAUGGUUAUCCUUUGGCCAUGGUUGACCAUAUUGGCUUCAAAGUUUUUGUGAAAAAUUUGCAGCCAAUGUUUGAUAUUGCAACAAACAGUUCACUUGAGUUGGACUGCAUUACCAUAUAUGAAAAGGAGAAGAAGAAAGUCUGUGGGACCAUAGGCAGACUAAGUGGCAGGAUAAGUGUUGCUGUUGAUUUGUGGAAUUCACCUGAGAAUGCUAGAUACUUGUGUCUUACGGCCCACUAUAUUGAUGAAGAAUGGACAUUGCAGAAGAAGAUACUAAAUUUCAUUAUGAUUGAUGCUGCUCAUACUGAAGACAUACACUCAGAAGUGGUUAUCAAAUGUCUGGCAGAUUGGGGCAUAGAGAGGCGCCUUUUUUCCAUGACAUUUGGCGACCUUUUCACCAGUGAUGAUAUUGUUUCCAGAAUUAAAAACCAUUUAUCUCAAAAUAGGCCUCUUCUGAGUGAUGGUAAAUUGUUCGAUGUGCGUUGUGCAGCACAUGCUUUGAAGUUGCUGGUUGGAGAUGCUAUGGAUGUACUAAGUGAGGUGAUACAUAAGAUUAGAGAAAGUAUUCGCUAUGUGAAAAGUACUCAAACAAUGCAGGGGAAGUUCAACGAAUUAGCUCAACAAGCUGGAAUAGAUAAUCAGAAGAAUCUAUUAGCUGACUGUCCAAUGCGAUGGAACUCGACAUCUGUGAUGCUUGAAACAGCGUUAGCAUACAAAACUGCUUUCUCUUUACUGCAGGAACAUGAUUCUGCAUAUACAGGUGGUUUAUCUGAAGAAGAGUGGGAAUGGAUGAGUUCUGUUACUGCCUUCUUGAAGCUUUUUGUUGAGAUAACCAAUUCAAUUACCAGCAAUAAAUCUCCUACAUCAAAUAUAUAUUUCCCUGAAAUUUGUGAUGCUCAUUUACAACUUAUUGAGUGGUGUAAGAGCUCAGAUGAGUUUGUCAAAUCUAUGGCUCUGAAAAUGAAAGCUAAGUUUGAAAUUUAUUGGAAUAAAUGCAGUUUGUCAUUAGCCAUAGCAGCAAUCUUGGAUCCCAGAUUCAAGAUGCCAUUGGUGCAAUAUUAUUACCAGGAAAUCUAUGGAAGUAGUGCAGAACAUCAUAUCAAACAAGUCUCUGAUGGGGUCAGACAGCUUUUCAACGAAUAUAUGAUUGGGUCAACAUCAGUUUCAGUUGAUCACGGUGUUGGAAGCAGUUCCAGCGGUAUUGGGAGUGACUCUAGGGAUCGAUUAAAAGGGUUUGACAAAUUCCUCCAUGAAACUUCACAGGGUAAAAAUUCAGUUUCAGACUUGGAUAAAUAUUUGGAGGAACCCGUGUUUCCCCGUAACUAUGAUUUCAAUAUUUUUACAUGGUGGAAAGUUCAUACACCAAGAUAUCCUAUCCUUUCAAUGAUGGCCCAAGAUGUUCUUGGCGUUCCCAUGUCAACUGUCACAUCUGAGUUGGCUUUCAGGAAUGGAGGCAGGGUUCUAGACCAGUAUCGUAGUUCUCUACAUUCAGAUACUGUUCAGGCUCUGAUAUGCACACAAGAUUGGUUGCGAACAGAAGUAGAAGGAUCCAGUCCAAGUGUUAGUCCUGUGCCUUUGUGCAUCGACGCCACUUAGUACCCAUGCAAUGCUAUGCUUUGGGCUGAUGACAAAAUGCGUACAAAUCUUUAUCUAUCCGGCUAUGGGUGAACAAUUCAGAUUUGCUCGUCUGGGUUAAACUUGGGAUGUUAUUAGAAUUUAGGUUUAGGUAAUUGCUUUCUGUUGGUGGGAAGCAAUUUGUACAAAUUGCUCCUUUUCACUAACCAUUGCGGAGGAUGAAAAUUGAAUCAACAUUCUUAAAAAAUUAUCUAAUUUUUAUUUUAUCUUUCUUUU